AUGGAGCACUGUGAGUUGACUUCUUUGGAUUCCAGCAGCUUUGCACAUAACGAUCUGGGGCUCACACUUUUCCCCGGGUCGCAGCCGCAGCUGUCCGCGCCCUGGUCUCACGAGGACAUGGAUGAUAUGGAUUCCCUCUUUGGUAUCGGUGACGACUUCGAUCCAUUUACCGAUUUCGAUCAACUGGCCCAUCGGAUAGAUGGCUCCAACAAACGUACUAGCGAUGAGGCGUUUGCAGGUGAUGUCAAGUCUCCUGCCAGCAAGAGGCAGAACCACGAGGCGGAGGCCCCUUCGGUGGCAACAGCGCCAUCACCAGGUAUGAAUCCCAUCAGCCUGCGUUCGACUCCUUCGAUUCCUUCGAUUCCAUCCUAUUCGCCUCUGCCAGCAGCGGGCGAUUUUGUUUCGGCUAGCUCUGCCAUCAAGGAUAAGUUUGCCGUUGGCAAGGAGGGCAUCACGCACCACGCGGCUCUCGAGGCGUUCGCUCAAGGUCAAGCCCAGUCGAGUCCGAAGCAUAUCUCACCUUAUGCGCGAGUUGGGUACUAUCCAUCUGCACCGAAUCUGCACUGUCGGGUCGGCGGGGAGGUGGUCUCAAACGAGGUUCUCCAAAACCGUUUGCACAGCUCUAGGCGCCGCAUCGAUGUCCUCGUAGCAGAGCGUAACAAGUACCGCGAUGCCCUGCUCAGAUACGAGUGUGUGGAUCAAAAGACUGGCAAGCUGGGUAUCCACCUUCUGGAGGCAGAAAUGGCAACAUUGCGCCGUGUCUGCUCAACUCAACAACAACGGGCGAAGCAAUACAAGGCAGAUAUUGAAGACUGGAGGCAGAAGUAUGUCAAUGUGGCUACGACUCAUAAUUGCCUAAUUCGGGACUAUCAACAGCUGCAGGCUGCCAAUCCUGGCCUCCAACCUGCAGUGGAGGUACCAAGGAGGCAACAGCAGGACGAAUGGCAAGGCAGGUACGAACAAUUGUCCCAGGCGUUCAAUGCGCUGUACGCUGCCUACGUUCGAAAGCCCACAGACGUGAAAGCUACAAAUUCGUUGUAUCCGUCACCGGCCUCGCCUCUCUCCAUCUCUUCUCCUACAUCAACCUCCACAGUUCCUGCUCCGGCCUCUGUUCGUUCUGCUGGUUCAGAUACGUGUUCACCGACUGGUCCUCACGAAGAUCUUUCGACAGAUCUUCUCACUCCUCCUUCUGCUCAUCCUCCUUCUGGCGAGCUAGCUCAAAUGGCUGCCAACUACUCCUUCUCAGGCCGCCACGGCUACGCGCCACCAAUCAUCACGCCCGAGUACGCGGCCUACCUCCUCUCCUGCGCCGGCAUCCGCGUCGAAGCUGCUGGCACCACUGCCAACAUGCCGGGCACGUGCCCUAUCGCCCCAUUCCCUGCAGCCGCGGCUGUUCCCGCCGCCGCUGCCUCUGCUCCCACUGCGUUUCCCAACGAAGUUGUGGUCAUUGAUCUGACCGACGACGCAGACGCUGAGGUGAGUUCCCAAGGAUCCAACCCCCAACCCCCAACCUCGCUGACCCCAUCAAGCAGCCCGCUAGCCGAAUUCCACCGUCGCUUCCGCAAGAAGGAGCUGUCAUGGCUCCAUGAGAGCUACAACCCCCAGAAGGACGGCGAGAUCGCAGAGCACCUCUACCAGAAGCUCAACUCUCGCAAGCGCAAGCGUGAGCGCGGGGAGAAGUUCGUCGAGACCACUGUCGGCGAGUGCUACAAUCACGUCCAGGCGCAGAAGGUACAUUCAUCCUACCCUACCAUUUUACCCUAG